CUUGAAAUCGCAACGUUUAAUUAUUGCGCUUGAUAUUUACCAGUGAAAAACAUAUAUAGGUCCCGCCGCAAGCAGGCGCGCUUUGCGCCUUUCUUAAACAAUGACGGGCCCUCAGCAGGCGCCCGCUAAGCAAGUUGUGGGGUUCCAUGUCGAGGGAGCGAGCCCAUCUCCCACGGCGCCAUCGCUGUUGAACACGAUGACGGCCGGCUCGCCCACGCCCGUGAUUAUUCCGCCCACUUUCCAGAGAGAGGCCUCGCACGGCUCGCGGUCGCAGGGCAUUGCGGACGCAGCGGCUCGCGCUCUGGAGGUCGGUGCCGCAACCUCCACAUCCACGGCGCAGGCCGCCCCUGAAGCUUCUGGCGCCACCGGGAGCCGCACUGCUGCUGCCCCGCCCUCGACAUCGGCGCCGCGGCCCAUCCACGCGGCGGAAAAGGCGGAGGCUUCGCACGCGGGCCUGGUGAAGAUGGUCUCGCAGGCCAGCGUGGGCUCGGAGGCGUCCGUUUCAACCGCCUCAGCGGGGAUGUUUUCUAUCGAUACCUCCACGGUUCGCCAAACUCCAUCGCCGCAACCCUCCCCCUUCGCGGGGCACUCAAAGCAGCCUGCGGAUGGCGCUGCCGACAAGGGUGCCGCCAGUGGGGCUGCAGGGUCUGCGGGCGCCAGUGGGCCGCCCGACGGCGCCAAGGGGCCCAAGCCCCAGCGCGAAAUGACAAAGGCUGAGCGCCGCGCUCUCCAAGAGAGCCAGCGUGCAGCUAAGGCGGCACAGAAGGCGGGGUCGGGCGCGCCGGCGCCUCCCGCCGCCAAGGGUGGGGCAGGUGGCGCGGACGCGGCGCGGGCGAGCAAGGGCGGCGGUGCAGCUGGAGGCGCGGCGGAGCCGCGGCCAAGCGGUGGAAAGCCAGCGGCAGCGGCGGGCGGCGCGGCACCGAGGGCAGACGGGGACCGUAGGGUAGACAGCGCCGGAGGCGCGGGCGCCGCAGGCGGUGCGGGCGGGGCCGGCAAUGCCGCCAGCGCGGCGGCGUCAGCCGGCGCCGGAGGCGCUGGCGGGGCCGACGGUGGCGCCGCGCCCAAGAAGAAGAAGGACCCGAAGGCGGUGUCGCUCAACUCCACUGAGCUGUUUGCGCACCUGCAGCAGUUCAAGCGCAUCAACGUGGGCAACCUGCUGCAGCUGCCGGCCGCCGCCAACAUCCACCCCGCCAUCCUGCAGCUGGGCCUGCGCUACGCGGACGGCUCCAUCCGCGGCGCCAACGCGCGCUGCCUCGCCAUGCUCAACGCCUUCUGCCAGAUGAUCCGUGACUACAGCACGCCGGACGGCAAGGAGCUGUCGCGCGACCUGCUGCGGCACCUGUCCGAGCACGUGGCGUUCCUGGUGGUGUGCCGGCCGCUGAGCGUGGGCAUGGGCAACGCCAUCCGCCACCUCAAGCUGCGCAUCUCGACAAUUCCGCCCGACAUGCCGGAGGCCGAGGCCAAGGAGCUGCUGGAGCAGGAGAUUGCGGACUACGUCAACGUGCGCAUUGACAGCGCCGACAAGCAGCUGGUGGGCUACGCUGUCGCCAAGGUGGAGCAGCAUGGCGACGUCAUCCUCACCUACGCCGCCUCGCACGUGGUGUGCCGUGCGCUGACCGAGGCGGCGCGCGCCGGCAAGUCGUUCCGGGUGGUGGUGAUGGACUCCCGGCCGGAGGCGGAGGGCCGUGCCACGCUGGGGCGCCUGCUGGCUGCUGGCAUCCCCUGCACCUACGUAGACCUCAACGCCGCGUCGUACAUCAUCCGCGAGGUCACAAAGGUGUUCCUGGGCGCGGCGGCGGUGCUCUCCAACGGCACGGUGCUGUCACGCGCCGGCACGGCGGCCGUGGCCAUGAUGGCGCACGCGCACAACAAGCCUGUGAUGAUCUGCUGCGAGACGCACAAGUUCAACGAGCGCGUGCAGCUGGACUCCAUCACGCACAACGAGCUGGGUGACCCGGAGGCGUUGGCGGCGGUGCCGGGCAAGCCCGAGAUGAACGCGCUGGAGGGCUGGCGCGACAACCCGCGGCUGCGACUGCUGAACCUGAAGUAUGAUGUGAUGCCGGCCGAGUACGUGACCAUGGUGGUGACGGAGUUCGGCAUGGUGCCUCCCACCUCCGUGCCCGUCAUCCUGCGCGAGUUCCGGCAGAGCGAGACCACGGUCAGCGGCCCGUUCUAAUGUAGCGCUUGCGUGAGUGGGGCUUGUGAGCGUCCCCCGACGGGGGGAGGUGCAGUGCAGGGUUGUGCGAGAGGGUUGGGGGGGUCAUGGCGCUUCGGGUGCAGAGCGUAUAAAGUAGGGCAUCGGAUCGCGUAUCUUGGUUGCUGCAGCAAAGAGCGAUGGCCCAAGGCUACCAAGCGAGACAGAUGCAGGUGGCAGCAGUGGUUUGUGGGUGGUCUGCCUCAGGAGCAUGGGAAGUUCCAACUGAGAGGUGCUGGCGUGUGAUUGAUUUGAGUGCAGCAGGAGUUUGUCGGGCUUAGGACACUGUUAGUUGAGCCCGUUGGCGGCCCGUUUGACUGAUAUCGGUGCAAGAAGGUAACACGGCACAGACCCGCACAAUACGACACAGUGGGACGCAGUGGGCGAUGCGUGCUUAUCUUGCGCCCACACACGUGUUGCGGGCGUGUACCUGAAAUGCACAGGCUAGUACAUAACCGCACCUUCAGCUGUAAGGAUUGACUGCA